CGAAUUGCUCCCCCCAAUUCUGUCCCACAAUCGUUCGGUGUUGAUGGCGGGCUCCUCUCCUUUCACGUGGACGCGCUGAUCGCUUCUCUCAUUUCUUUCUUAAUUUCUUUCAUUGAAACCGGCCAAAAUGGACUACGAAUCGACCACCCAGAUGAACGACGAAAUUGUCGCUCAGCUCCUAGCUCAAUUUAAUAGCACCACUUCCGGCGCUGAGCCCCAGUCUCCUCCCCAGAACGAGGAUGCCCUGCCGGAAUAUGCAUUGGCUCAACAGGCUUUGGCUUCACACGCUCUUUUCGGGAAUUCCUCGACAGAAGAUCCGGCAGAAUGUGACUUGACCCAAGACACCGUACCCGAGCAUGCUGUGAUCGAAACACCCCCAACGAUGGAAGGCCUUGAGUUUGACAACGCUGGUGGAUCAACUGCAGCUCAGUCUGCCAGAGCUGAAACAGCUGAUCACAUACCUCAAGCCACCCAAUUGCCCCAGAUCGAGAUUCCUUUCCUUGCCGACACCCACGAAUACGAGUUUCUGCCUGGUCACUUUGAAGUCCGCUGUGUGAUCAGUGAAACGGACUCUACAAAUGAGAUUUAUAAAGUCAAGUUGCGGAGCGGAGAGACCGAGACGUUUUCAUCAUCGCAACUCGAAUCACUCACCAACGGACAAGAAGCUCUGAUUGAUUUUCAACUUACCGGACGGCGCAGCUUGACUCCUUCAUCUACAGAAGAGGAGGAGGAGGAAGAAGACGACGACGAAUCCUCUGAUUCGCAACCUCUAGGGCGAGGUCGCCGCUCUACUCGGCUAAGGAAUACCAGAUUUACAGAUUACUUUGACGGUGGUGGCAGCGACAGGAUGAGUCGUUCGGUUGACUCUACCGAUGAUGUCUUCGCAUCAUCCCGGAGACCAUCCAGGAAAACUGGCAGGCAGCGUCGAUUGGGAAGAGGCCGCCGUGCCAUAUACUUGGAAGAUUCAGAUGCCGACAGUUAUGAUUCGGGCGCAAAGGGAACUCGAUUUUCAACUCGUCAGCGAAAGAGCGCACGGGAGAACCUGCGCGAUAGAUACGAAGACGAGUUCUCCGAACACGAAGGAGGCUCCAAAAAACAGAAAUUCUUCGGUGCCAGGGAAAUCUUUCAUACGGUCCCAUCAGAUGAUCCCUUCCGACUCAAACAUCGGGACUCAUGCGACACUUGUCGCGAGACUGGAGAUGACAAUGCCAAAGGCCCUCUUGUAUUCUGCCAGGGAUGCACCAGUGCCUAUCACCAACUUUGUCUCGGCCCAAGAUCAACGCGGGAACAUCUAGUCACCAAAAUAUCGGAAACACUUUUCCUCUUGCAAUGCCGCCGUUGCCUGGGCGUCGCUUACUCAAAGGAUUCUAUCAAUCCUCAUUUAGGCCAAUGUACCUCGUGCGAGGGUAAAGGAAACAUGGCCGAGCCACUGAGGGAGCGAUUAACGCCAAAGCAAGAGCAGCAGCUUCGCCAGGAGAAUGAUGGGAAAGACCCAAUUACUACUGUGAAUGAGACUCGCGUGAACAAUGUCGAUAAUCUGCUCUUUCGCUGCACUUCUUGUCAGCGAGCUUUUCACUUCGAACACUUGCUUUCAUCGUCCGAUGAAAUGUGCCAGGACUGUGUCUCGAUCCCCGGAGAGAUCGGCGCAAUGGUCGCUUGGAGGCCAACGGAUCCGAAGAAUCUCUUACCUGGCUACACGGCAAAUGUCCUGGAGGAAUCAGACAAGGAUUACCUGAUCAAAUGGAAGGACCAGCCCUAUAGUCAGUCGACCUGGAUGGAUGGCACCUGGGUCUGGGGGGUCGUGAGCCACACUAUGCGCCGCGCAUUCCUCAGAUCCGACAAAAGCCUGACGCCGUACAUGACGACCGAGGAGGCUAUUCCCGAGGACUUCAUGCGGAUUGACAUCGUUUUCGACGUGCGAUUCUCCACUAACGGCCCACGCAAUCGGUCCGAAAAUGCGGAUAAGGCCCGGAUAAAUCAGGUAUCCAAGGUCUACGUGAAGUACAAAGGCCUACCGUAUGAGGAUGUAGUCUGGGAUUCGCCUCCAGAUCCUAGCCAAACCGAGCGAUGGAAUGAUUUCACAGCGGCUUACAAUGACUGGGUUCGCCGCGACUACAUCCACACCCCCGACACGCAAUCCCUCAAGAAACAUCUUGCUCAUGUUCGAAAGCAAGACUUCAAAACAAGCGUCGUGAGAGAUACUCAGCCGGAGAUCAUGACUGGAGGCGAGAUAAUGGAUUAUCAAAAAGACGGGAUGAACUGGCUGUAUUACAUGUGGUUUAAACAGCAGAAUGCCAUUCUUGCCGAUGAAAUGGGUCUCGGAAAAACCAUCCAGGUCAUUGGAUUAUUCGCAACUCUUAUACAAGACCACAAAUGCUGGCCAUUUUUGGUCGUCGUGCCCAACUCCACUUGUCCAAACUGGCGGAAGGAGCUCAAAACAUGGGUGCCUUCUAUCCGGGCAGUGACUUACUACGGAUCCGCAUUCUCGCGCAAACUCUCUCAGACGUAUGAAAUGUUUGGCAGCACUGGGAAAAGCGACCUCAGGUGUCACGUCGUUAUAACGUCUUACGAGACCAUGACCGAUGAUGCAUCUCGCCGAGUCCUCUCUAAAGUCCCCUGGGGUGGAUUGAUUGUGGACGAGGGCCAGCGAUUGAAGAACGACAAAAGUCAACUUUACGACGCCUUAUCGCGGAUUUCAUGCCCGUUCAAAAUCCUUCUUACCGGCACUCCUCUGCAAAACAACAUUCGAGAACUGUUCAACCUUCUCCAGUUCCUCGAUCCAACUCAGGAUGCCGAAAGGCUGGAAGAGGAAUUUGGAACUCUCUCGAAGGAGAACAUCCCCAAGCUCCAUGAGAUGAUCCGGCCAUUCUUCCUCCGAAGAACCAAAGCGCAGGUGCUCACCUUUCUCCCGCCAGUCGCACAGAUCAUUGUGCCAGUCUCAAUGACGGUGGUUCAGAAAAAGUUGUACAAAUCCAUUCUCGCAAAGGACCCAAAAUUAAUCAAAACCAUCUUUCAACGAGAGGAUGAGGGCGACCAGGCGCUGAAGCAAGCAGAGCGUCAUAAUCUGAACAACAUUCUCAUGCAGCUGCGAAAAUGCCUGUGUCACCCUUUCAUCUACAGCAAGGCCAUUGAGGAGCGCAGUGCCAAUGCGCAGGUGUCUCACAGGCACUUGGUGGAUGCAGCCGGAAAGCUUCAGCUGUUGGAACUGAUGCUGCCCAAACUCCAGAAACGUGGCCACCGAGUUUUGAUUUUCAGCCAGUUUUUGGACAAUCUCGAUCUUGUUGAAGAUUUCCUUGACGGACUGGGGCUUUUGCAUCGUCGUCUCGACGGCCGGAUGUCAUCUCUUGAGAAGCAAAAGGUUAUCGAUGAGUACAAUGCCGAGGGCUCGCAAUAUUUUGCUUUCCUCUUGUCUACGAGGUCGGGAGGCGUGGGAAUCAACCUGGCCACGGCCGACACCGUCAUCAUCAUGGACCCCGACUUCAACCCUCACCAGGACAUGCAGGCACUGUCUCGCGCGCACCGUAUUGGUCAGAAAAACAAGGUGCUUGUCUUUCAGUUGAUGACUCGGGGAAGCGCCGAAGAGAAGAUCAUGCAGAUUGGCAAGAAUAAAAUGGUUCUGGACCACGUUCUCAUCGAUCGCAUGGAUGCCGAGAAUGACGAUGGUCGCGAUUUAGAGUCCAUUCUUCGGCACGGAGCCCAGGCGCUGUUCGAAGACGACGACUCGCGUGAUAUCCAGUAUGAUUCUGAAUCAGUCGAUAAACUUCUUGAUCGCAGUCAGGUGGAGCAAGCGCGCCCUCAAUCGCCCGGCGAGGAAGGCAAGGGCGCCGAGUCGCAAUUCAGUUUUGCUCGCGUUUGGGCCAAUGACACCAACGAUCUCAGCGAUCAAUUACAGAAUACCGAGGAACCCGUGCCCAACGCCACCAUCUGGGAGAAAAUCCUUCAGGAGCGUGAGCAGGCAGCCGUCGAAGAAGCUCGACGUAAAACGGAAACCCUUGGUCGCGGCAAGAGAAAACGGACCACUGUUGAUUAUAGCCACGAGGUGGCAGAGGCGGCAGAGCCUUCUCCCGUGAAGCCGCGGCGCCUGCGCGAUGCUGAAAGCGACAGAGAAUUCGUUGCCGGAGACGCUGUAGAAUCGGACGUGGAUUCCUCCCCCGAGGUCGACUCGGAUACCAUGGAGCGGGAGGCUAGGAAACCCAAAGUGCAACCUUUCAAACGCGUGUCUGUCACAACCGUUCCAGACCCCGCAGUGCCACCGGCCCUGGAUGGCCAUAUGGACAACCGCCUAUCGUGCCUCGCCUGCAACCAAAUCCAUCCGGUUGGCUACUGCCGUUUGAAAUUGGCCGGGGUCGAGCACUGCGGGCUUUGUGGGUUGGCUCAUUUUGGACAUGCGCGCACCUGUCCUCACAUCAGGUCUGAAACCCAAGUGGUCCGGAUGUUGGAAGCUUUAAAGCAGAGCAACGAGGACCGCGACCUUAUCCGCCAGGCCAAGAAAUAUCUAACCGGGGUGCGUGGGAAUCUGGUGGCUGAGCAGAAGAGAAAGCGCGCCAGUCUUCUAGCCCUCGCCAAUCCCGGGACGCCUGGGACUCCAGGCACUCCGGGCACUGCGAGCCCCAUUCCUGCUGCCAACGAUCCGCGCUUAGUAGCAGCUCAAGGCUUGCAAUCGAUGGGACCGUCGGCCCAGCUGCCUCUCGGGGGAAAUCCGAUCGAUCGCCGUUUCUAGCUGGGGAAUUCUAGGAGUCAUGGACCUUUUCUGGGGGGCAGGAUUGGGACGGUGCGGUGGUAAUCUUGCUUUUAGUUUCUUUCUUUUUUUUUAAUUCUGGUGUUUUGGGGGCAUGGACGGGGUCAAAAGCAUAA